ACUCUGCUGUUCCUCGCUUUCUCUGUUGUGUUUGUCAUAUGAAUGUACAGUUUUGCGUUAAAGUUGGUUUGUAAAUUAUAAAUGUCAUUGAAGAGAGUUGUAAUCGUGCCAGGAAAUGGCGCAGGGAAUAUGGAGCACUGUAACUGGUACGGGUGGCUAAAGAAACGAAUAAACGAGAUGUCAGAUCUGUCCUGUGUUCUAAAGAAUAUGCCAGAUCCGGUGACGGCCAGAGAAAGCGUCUGGCUUCCGUUCAUGGAGAAAGAAAUGAAAUGUGAUGAAGACACUGUUAUGAUCGGACACAGUUCAGGAGCUUCAGCAGCCAUGAGGUAUGCAGAAACACACAAAGUGUUUGGACUGAUUCUGGUGGGUGCGUACACAUCAGAUUUGGGAGACGAGAAUGAGCGUGAGAGCGGAUAUUUCAGCCGGCCAUGGGAGUGGGAAAAGAUCAGAUCAAACGUUAAGUACAUCCUUCAGUUUGGAUCUACAGAUGACCCCUUCCUGCCAUGGGAAGAGCAACAGGAAGUAGCUGAUGGAUUGAAGACCGAUUUACACAAAUACACGGAUCGCGGACACUUCCAAAACACAACCUUUCCAGAGCUCAUCGCUGCACUACAACAGCUUAAAACCAAGGGCUAAAUAGUAAAAAAAAAACUGGAACAAGACCCUGACUCUUUAUCCGAACAUUGUUUUAAGUACACCUGUGAUAUGCUUUACCAAGUGGUCAUUUUACUCUUUGGGGGGAAUCAUGCUGUAACUAAACAUUUGAAGAUAUCAUUGUUGCAAUAAAUGUUGAAAAGACCAAAAUUCAUCUUUUAU